UGUUUUCCUGAUGUCAUGGUUAUUUUUACGUGUUACUUCGAUUUAUUAGACGUAAUGUUUCAAAACUCUUGUGUAAGGAGUCAUGGGCAACUGUAAAAAUUGACGUGACCCAGUGACUCGUGGUUGCCAUGGCGGUCGGGGAGAGCCAGCUCCAGAGGAUUAUCCGGGAUCUGCAUGAGGCUGUUGCAGAGCUUGCAAAGGAGUACAAGGAAAGUGGGGAGCCAAUCACAGAUGACAGCACCAGUUUGCACAAAUUCUCCUACAAACUGGAGUAUCUGCUGCAGUUUGACCAAAAGGAGAAAACAACGUUUCUGGGCACCAAGAAAGACUACUGGGAUUACUUCAGUGAUUGCCUGGCUAAGAUCAAAGGAGUCAAUGAUGGCAUCCGUUUUGUCAAAUCCAUUUCUGAGCUGAAGACAUCUCUAGGAAAGGGCCGAGCAUUUAUCCGCUACUCCCUCGUUCAUCAGCGAUUGGCUGAGACCCUGCAGCAGUGCCUGAUGAACCAGAGAGUCACCAGGGACUGGUACUAUGCAAGAAGCCCCUUCUUGAAGCCUAACCUUAGUGCUGACAUAAUUAAUCAUCUGUACGAGCUCAACGAGGUCCAGUUUGAUGUGGCUUCCAGAGGUCAUGAUCUCGAUGCCUCCUGGCCAACAUUUGCAAGGAGGACGCUGGGAAGUGCAAAUUCACCAGGCUACAUGUGGAAACCACCAAGUCGUAGUUCCAGUAUUAAUAGUCUGGCCAGUUCGUACUCCCAGCAAGCGCCUGAGUGUGCCUCCAGCCCAGACUAUGGGCACAGUUUGUUGAAUGAUCUGAAUGAUUCACUGCCUGCCUGCAUGGAAGAUAGCAACAUGGUUGAAAACCUUCGCCUGGAGCUGGAUCAGUCAGAACUAAGGCAGAGAGAUCUCCUUGAUAAGGUUCAGCAGCUUGGGGUGGAGUCUGCCGAGAUGAAAGGAGUAAUUGAAGAGCUUCAGAGGCAGCUUGAUAUGUCGCUCGCAGCUCAAGAAGGGCACCAGGGCUUGCAGCAAGAACUCAGAGCCCUGCAGGGGAGAGAGGUUGCUCUAUCCAGACAGGUGGAAGCACUCAGGGCCGAGGAAAAAGCCAAGGAAACUUGGCAUGUCUUGAUUCAGGAGAAGCUGGCAGCUGCUGAGCAAAAGAACGUAGAGCUCAUGGGCAAGUUGGAUGGGGCUCUAGAUGAGAAGGGCCAGCAGACUGCCAGUUAUUUUGAUUCAGCGCAGAAGAUUCACGAGUUGUUGGACAAAUUGAAAGAGGCAGAGAAAGGUAAGAUGGAGGCUGUGGCUGAGAUGAUGGAGAACAGGAGACAGGUAGAAAGGCUGGAGGAGGAGUUAAGAGUCAAUGAGAUGAAGUCAAAGGAGAAUGAAACAAAACUUGAGGCAUUGCUUGCAUCUUUAUCUGAGGAGAAGGCCAAGUUGAAGACAAAAGUGGAGGAACAGUUCAAUAUUCUGGAAAAGCUUCAGGGGGACCUGGCCCUGAGAGAAAAGGAGGCAAGUAAUUUACAAAUACAGCUGCAGGACCUCCAAAGAGCUCUAGAGGAGAAAGAGCAAGAGGUAGAGGAGGUGAAGACGAAGACAAAGCAAGAAAUUGAAGAGAUGCAGAAAAAUGUUGAUGACUUGAAGGAGUCUUUAGAGGCAAAGGUUGCUGAACGUAUUGUGCAGCUAACAAAAAAAGAUGCUGAGUUAAGCUCCAGCAGUGAGACACUACAAAAGCUUGAAGCCAAGAACCAAAUCCUUACCACAGAAAGGGACAAACUGACCACUAGUCUCGAUCAGCACGAGGUUAAAAUCAGAGAACAGGCUGCUAGGAUAGAAGACCUCCAGGGGGAGUGCUCCAGUUUACAGAAAUUAAAAAAGAUGCUGCAGACCACGGUGAGUAAAAACGAGGAGCUGCAAAAUGAGAUGACAGAGCACAGAACAGUGCUUGAGGCUGAAUUAGCAGCUCUAAGAGCUUCUGAGAAACAGCUUAGAGGUCAGGUGGACGAUGCCAAGAUGACAGUAGAUGAAAAAGAGAAAGUGCUGCGUGAGGGGAACCGCAGUCUGGAUGAGAGUCUGCAACGAGCCACAAUGGCUGCAAAACAAUCAGAGAUGACAUCUAAGCGGCUAGAGCAGGAGAACCUGACUCUGAGAGAGGAGCAGGGUGAUUUAAAAGCAACUCUUAGCUGCAUAGAGACGGACUUGAAGAAUGCUCACAUUCAGAUCGAAGAACUGGAUAAAAACCUUGAGGUUUCAAACACUAAAGAGAUCAGUCUUCAAGAACAGCUCAAUUUGAAAGAAGAGCAGAUAAAGAAUGAAGCGAAGGAAAUUGUUAAGUUGCUGUCAACAUUAAAGGAAUUAGAGGCUAAGGAGCAGGAAACUGAAAUUGCCAAAGCCAAUGCAGAAGCAACUUGUGCUAAACAGGCCGCACUGAUUGAAAGGGUGACAUCUGAGAAACAUGCAAUGGAGACAUUGCAACUAGAGAGGAGCUCGGUCCAAGCAAAGGACAACCAGGAAGUUACUCUCAAACUAAAUGUGGUUGAAGGCCAGUUGGAGGUUAGCAUGAAAGAAGUCUCCAGGCUCCAGGCAAAGAUCUUGGACCUGAAGGUGCAAGUUCAGAGAUCUGAGGAGGAAAAACUGAAAUCCCAAGCACAGUUGGAGGUUACAGAGGCCCAAAGAAACGAGCUCAGGUCUCUUACUGAACAGCUUAAAUCCCAAGCAGAGACACUGAAUCAGAAGCACAUAACAGAGCUCCUGGACUGUAAAAAGAAAGAGGAGGCGCUGGUUCAGCAGCGUGAUCAAGAAGAAGCUUCCCAUGCCGAGUUAGCAGUUUCCUCCGCUGCCAUCCGAGAAGAGCUGGCUGCCCUCAAAGCAGAAAACAACAAGCUGGCUUUAGAGAACACAGAGAUCCGUGAGAGUUUGCACAGAGCAAACACUGGGAUGGCAGAGCUGGGGAUGACCAUCUGUAAGCUGAAUGCAGAAAUCGAAGAAGCCAGCGAGCAAUUGGUGGGUGAUGCUGCUAAGAUUGAAGAGUUGGAGAAGGUGGUGGAGCGAGUUGAGGAGUGCAUAAAUGACCUACGGCAGGAGAACAACAGUUUACGAGAGGAGCUAUCCCAGAAGGAGUCCCUGCCUGGGACAAUUACGGAGCUCCAGGAAGAGCUGGAGAAAGCCAAGAACCAAGUGCGCAGCGUUAAGGACUGCUGCCGAGAGGAGAUGGAUGCUGUCAGGUUCCAAAUGAGCUCUGAGAUCAUGAGCCAUCAGGUUCAAGUAAAGGCUUUGAUUGAAAAUUUGGAGAAGGUUGCAGCACAGCUGGAGGAGGAGCAGAAGAACGUGUCCAGCUUGGAGGCAGAAGUGUCUGAACUCAAGGCUGCGAAUGAGAAAUACUUGCAGCUUAUUGGUGAGAAAGAUGCGUACAUCACGCAGGCGGAAGCCACCAUCCGUGACAAUGAAGGUGAAAUUCAGCAACUCAGAAACUCUGCAACCAGUAUUGAGGAGGCACACCUGGCUGUGCAGAGCCUGUGUGAGGAAAUGAAGCAGAAACACGAAGCAACGGAGGCUGAGAAACAAAGUCAGUAUCUGGCGAUGACUGCAGAGAUUGAUGACCUUAACAGCACGAAGAUCAACCUGGAAGAGAGGCUCAUUGAGCUUAUAAAGGAUAAAGAUGCUCUGUGGCAGAAGUCUGAUGCUCUGGAGUUUGAGCAGAAACUGCGAGCAGAGGAGCGCUGGUGGUUGGUGGAUAAGGAGGCCACACACUGUCUUGACUGCAAGAGCCAGUUCACCUGGUGGCUGCGCAGACAUCACUGCAGACUUUGUGGCCGCAUCUUCUGCUACUACUGCAGCAACAACUUUGUCAUGACCAAACACAGUGGGAAGAAGGAGCGCUGCUGCAGCGACUGCUACACGCAGCACAAUGCAGUGGUGGAGAGGUUCACAGAGGCAGAGCAUAGCCCUUCAAAUGGGCCUCCUUCCCCGGCUGGACCCGCACCUCAGCCUCCUCCUGAGCCUGCGCCCUACAAGCCGACACCCAGGGUAACCGUUUCAGACCUCAGUAACAAAUCUGAAGAUGGAGGUUAUGACAUCAUCACAGAAGAGGAGGUGAACAGCGUUUACGACAGUGACAGCAACUCUCAGACCACAGGAGGCUCACUGGAGGGAGAACAGGACCGCCAACAUCCAGGAGCGCGGGAAAUACGCCCUGGAGAGGUGACCCCUGAUGAAGACAGCGUCUCCACUGUUCAGAAUUCAGAGAUCAACCUUCUCAGAUCAGGAGAAGUCACAAUCGCUGUCCCUCUCAGCAUUGAUGAUAUUUCCCAGUUUGGUGAUGGCUCCAGGGAGCUCUUCGUCAAGUCCAGCUGCUAUAGUACCAUUAAUGUCACUGUGGCAGACUGUGGGACAACAAUCAGCUGGAUUUUCUCCUCCGAGCCCAGGAGCAUCUCCUUCAGUGUGGUUUACCGGGAAGCCAGUGACAGUGAGGUGGAACAGUCAAAGGUUUUGAUUCCUCUGACUCGCUGCAAUUCCCAUAAAGAGACAAUCCAGGGACAACUGAAAGCACAGCACCCUGGCCUCUACACACUUAUCUUUGACAAUUCCUUCUCCAGGUUUGUCUCCAAGAAAGUUUUAUACCAUCUGACCAUGGAGAUGCCUGUGAUCUACGAUGGAAGCGAUGGACCCUGAAGCUUUGUGCUGCAGACUCCCACUGAGGUGACCCUGCUGUCUCUGUGGCAGCUGAAGGGGAAACAGACAAAAUAUCAAUGCAGUGACUUUAUGUUUUUCGUUUUAUUUUAUAAACCGACUAUUUUGAUAAAUGUUAAUCAUUCAGUUAUUAGUUUUUCAAGUUGUAGUUUUAGGAGGAGCUUAGUAAGUAAAUCUCUAUGCAAGUUUUAGCAUGUUUUUUUUUUUUCAGUUAAAUAUCAAGGAAGACAUACACUUUAGUUCAUCUGGGUAUUGCAGUAUUUCGUUGUCUGUUUAAUUUCAAUAGUUUUUAUUUGCCAUCUUUUCUCCAAUGUUUUUACACUAUUGGUAGAAAAUCAGAUUUAAGGAGCAGCGCAGAAAGGUUUUAACACACCAUUUUUCGUUAGAUGGACAUUUUUUUUUAAUAAUUUAUGAACACUUUCAAUGAAAUUGCACAAAAAAGCUUAAAAGUUUAAUCGAUGGUUGUGGUUUGCUUUUGAAACGAUUUGUUUGGACGUAACAUUUGCACUCUGUCAUUGUGAGAAGGGAGCAGUGGGGAUUUGGAAAAAGCAUAGUUUUUAUUUCAACAACAAACCAUGGAGUUUGAACUCGUUUCAGAAUUGUAAUACAGUUGCUCUGCGGUCGUUUCAUGUUUGAGCUCAAUAGAUGAGGAAAUGACCUAAUUUGAAAAAAUGACUUCUUAGUUUCUGAGUAAGGUAACUCUAAACAACAGCUGUGUGUAUCCAGUGUAUGUGGUCUCUUAAACCUCUGUACUUCCACAGCCUGACUUUAUGGGUCAUUAAAAUAACUUUAAUGUGACUGUCGGCUAAAAAGUUCCUCCGCCUUCAAAGUGCCUUUUUAUUCUUACUGCCAGGGAUAUGUGUUGUUAAUUUUUAUGUGCUUAAAACGUGACUCAAUGUAUUUAAUGAUAAAAAUUGAUAAGAGCCUUACAUUUUUUUUGUAUGUACUCUUUAUAUAAUCACAUCUUGCGUUUCCAUCCAUGAAAUUAAGUUUCAGUUGCUUUCCAUUUGAAAUCCCUCAGCUGUUUUUGAGUUCAAGUUUUUCCUUCCCUGUUUAAGACUUUAAGUGAUGCAAAAUUAUUUUCUGAUUUGUUUGAGCAAGCCUUUAAGGAAAAUUGUCACUUUUAUAAACAAUCGCACACUACCUAUCAAACCUAGUUUAUAAAGGGCUGUUUCAUUCAAGUCUUCUAUAAAGUUUGACCGUUUUUGUUUUUGUUGUUUAUUUCUCAAAGUUUGUGAACUGGUGCAAAUUCUAUGCAAAGCCUCAAAUGUUACCUAAAGAGCAGUUUUAAUUGUUAGAAAAAUUAAACCUGUCCAAAUUAUAUUUUCUUCAUCAAUUACAUGCACAGAUGAAUUUUUCUAUUUCCUUCUUUUUGUAAGACUAUAUUUAAAGAAAGAAACAUAUAUAUAUAUCCUUGUGACAGCCAUGUGAGAGACACGACAAACAGCCAUUAAAGAAAUAUAACGUGA